AAAUACAAAUCGUUAUCUCCACUUUGGCACUUUUCUACAAAAAAUUAGCUUCCUAAUACGUAAACAGUCUUUACCGCAUAGUGCAUCGAAUUUUUUGUGACGUAGAAACGUCCUGGUCAGUUGCAUUUCUAAUAAUACAAUUCGAAUCCAUCGCAACGAAAUGCGACUAGAAAUGAUAACAGUUUCAAGUUGGAUUCUCCCUUUAUCAAUUUGCAGGUGUGCCUUCGCUGCUUAUCAGUGAAUUUCUUGGAAUGCUGUUUCGUCCACGUCGAAAAGCCGGCACCUAGAGGUCGUUACCCAGAUAAAAUUACAGGUUUUUGCCCAAUGGAAAAAAAUCAAUUGUGGGACCGGCCGAGUUCUUGAAAUUCUAAGAUGGUUUGAUACCUACUGCGACUCUUCUGUUCCAGACAAGCUUUGCUCUGAUAAGCUGAGCAUGUAAGCCUGUAAACUACUUGGUUUCUCCAGCACUGCCUCCGCAGAGAUGAAAAUAAAAGCAAGGAUAGCGGUGCUCUCAAUGACUCUGAUAAUUACUGGUUGUCUCUGCUACUCUCUUAUUGUGCUCUACACGAUUACUGACUCAACUCUCGGCAUCAAAGAUCCGCUACCGAAUGCUGAGCCUGUCGAAAAUCCUGACAUUUUUAUUCCUCCUCGUUUCCAAUCGAUAAAGCCGCAUAUUGUCAGCAGUGAUGUUAUGGAACCAAUGAAAUGUUCAUUUUUCAAUGAAACUCUUCGUCAUGAUAUUAAUAUGCUGAAAAUGUAUCAUGAAAUGAAGUUUGACAACACCGAUGGAGGAGCUUGGAAGCAGGGUUGGAACGUCUUGGCCCAACCCCACCGGUGGACACCAGAAAAUAAACUCAAAGUGUUUGUCAUGCCUCACUCCCACAACGACCCAGGGUGGAAAAUGACUUUUGAAGAGUAUUUCAAACAUCAUACAAAGAAUAUUCUCGAUAAUAUGGUGGUAAAGUUGAAGGAAGACCCUCGGCGUAAGUUUAUUUGGGCAGAAAUUUCGUUCUUUUCGCUUUGGUGGAAUCAAAUAUCGGAAGAAACGAAAAUCAGUGUGCAAACAUUGCUUCGAAACCGCCAGCUAGAAAUUGUGACGGGAGGAUGGGUAAUGAACGACGAAGCCAAUUCUCACUACUAUUCCACUCUCCAGCAGUUGACUCAUGGCCAUCAAUGGCUCCAUGACAACUUGAAUUACACCUCAAAAACCAGUUGGCAAAUUGAUCCGUUUGGUCAUAGUCCUACCCAGCCAUUUUUGUUGAAGAAAAUGUUCCUUGAAGGUGUCCUCAUUCAAAGAACUCACUAUAUUGUCAAAAAAUAUCUUGCCAAGUACAAAUCCCUGGAAUUUCGUUGGACCCAAGCAUGGGACAAUACAGAGACAACUGGUCUCCUUACUCAUAUGAUGCCAUUUUACAGUUAUGAUGUACCUCACACUUGCGGACCAGAUCCCAAAGUAUGUUGUCAGUUUGAUUUUCGACGACUCCCAGGUCUAGGAGUUUACUGCCCAUGGAAUAUCCAGCCGCAGGCAAUAAACGACAACAAUCUUGCUUACAGGUCUGAGUUGCUACUAGAUCAAUAUCGAAAAAAAGCAGAAUUGUAUUCUACAAGGGUUGUGCUCGCUCCGUUAGGAGACGAUUUUCGAUAUGACACAAGCAAAGAAUGGGAUGUCCAGUACACCAAUUAUCAGAAAAUGUUUGACUACCUCAAUUCAAAUCCAAGCCUAAAUGUAGAGAUUCAGUUUGGCACCUUGUUAGAUUAUUUUGACGCCAUCAGGCAGGAGAAAGCCACAAGCAGUUUUCCCAGUCUCUCUGGAGAUUUCUUCACGUAUGCUGACAGAGAUGAUCAUUAUUGGAGCGGUUAUUACACAUCUCGUCCCUUUUACAAGAGAAUGGAACGUGAGCUUGUCACAUACCUUAGGUCUGCAGAUAUGAUUUUCACUCUAGCGUGGAAGAUGUUUUCAAAAUCAGCUCCUGAAAAAACUGAUUGGCUUUUGCAAUCCGGACUGAAGAUGAUGGAACAGUUGUCUCAGGCACGCAGCAGUUUGAGCCUGUUCCAACACCAUGAUGGUAUCACAGGCACUGCCAAAGAUUAUGUCGUCAUUGACUAUGCAGACAAGAUGGUUCGAGCCAUGAACAUGUGUAAGAAUGUUAUCCAAAAAUCAGCGUACUUACUUCUCACGAAUGAAAAAGUCUCCACAGACCAUUUGCUGAACUCGGAAACGAUAUUAUUCAACUUGGACGAUUCGCGUAAAACCUCAUCUAGUCUAUCAGAUCGUUUCGUUAUUUAUCUAUCAAGAGACAACAAUAUUCAGCGAAUUGUUUUAUUCAACACACUCUCAAGGAGACGAAAAGAGCUUAUCUCAUUGAGAGUAUCCUCUCCAGUUAUAAAAAUUGUUGAUUCUGUUGGAACUGAAGUCAACUACCAAAUAAACCUUAUUUGCCGAUCUGGUAUUUUACUAGCACAAUGCUAUGAAGUAUUCUUUGUCGCUGAAAUCGAUGCUUUGGAGCUGAAGACGUAUCUUGUAAUGACAGCUGAAAUUCAGAAUGCCAAGAAAGCGCGUUUGAAGGUCUACAACAAAAACACGGACAUUGAAAAAGUGAUCCACUUCAUGAACUUAGUUGAUGAGCAUGACACAGGCAAAGAGUUCCUAAUCCAAAACGACAACAUUGCAGUAGCAUUUUCCAGUGAUGGAUUUUUGAAAGCUAUAACACUGAAAAACAAGAAAAUCACCAUGCCAAUUCAUUUGAACUUUAUCAAGUACCGUGCAAGACUAGGACAAGAGCGGAGCGGUGCGUAUUUGUUUUUGCCUGAUGGUGAGGCUUCAACAGUAAUGGUCCAUCGACCUGUAAUAAUUGUUGUGGAAGGUCCCGUUCUAUCUCAAGUCCAUCUAUAUCUAGAACAACGAAUGGUCCACACGAUUGAAAUUUAUCAUUUCCUAGGACCUGAUGAAAUGUUCAUUGGCAUCCAGAACAUCAUAGACUUGAAAGCAAGCAACUCAGAGUACGCGAUGCUGAUAUCAACAAAUAUCCAGAAUGAUGAUACAUAUUACACGGAUCUGAAUGGCUUGCAGAUGGUGAAACGGCAACGAUUCCAAAAGCUUCCUCUUCAGGCCAACUAUUACCCGAUGGCAAGUGCUGCUUAUAUUGAGGACAAUCGUUUGAGGUUAACUCUACUGUCAGCUCAACCUUUAGGUGCUGCGUCCUUGAAAGAAGGACAAUUGGAGGUUAUGCAAGACAGACGUCUUAUGCAGGACGAUAAUCUGGGGCUGGGACAAGGUGUAACUGAUAACGUUCCAACUAUUAGCUUGUACAGACUGCUUGUUGAACAAAUAGAUCCCGCGUGUCAUAGGCGGCCAGCAGAAAGCCAUGGUGCACUAUCACUAGCAGCUUACGCUGCCCUUACCUCAUUACUAUACCCGGCGACGAAACUAAUAUGGAAUUCAAAUUCGGCUGUAGCAAUCAGCCAGCAGAUCAGCCUAGCGGACCACCCGUUCCAGCCGGAUCUGCACAUUGUAUCUCUAGUCACAAUUAAAAAUGAUGGUGCGCCACAGGCAGGGCUUGUCAUGCAUCGAACACACUUUGAUUCCUGUGUUACUCCAACUGCACCUCUCACGGACGGAUUGGUGAACUUUAGCCAUAUUAUUCCAAUCAGAGAUUCAAGAGCUGCUCAGGAGACAACGCUUGAUUUUAUUCACAGGAAGAAAUCGGUUUCUAAAUCAGAGUACAGUUCCUGGCCUGUCUGCAUUAUGGAUAUGGUUGCGUUUUUGUUUGCAACUUAGCCAAAUUUAAGAAUGAGAGAAUAAUCAGAAAAUGUAAUUUUCUUCAGGUUUUUAAAAGCACUCAAAACUUGAAGCUUUGAUGAUACCUUGAUUUUUUUAAAUCUCUAGCUCAUGGUGAGUCUUUUUAUCACAAAAUAUCCAUUACCUAAGUUGGAGAAUGCGUAUCUCAGAGUGCUACAUUAUAAGUCUUUGCUGGUGUUUUAAUUUUGUAAAGGGAAGUCAAGGAACAGUUUUAACUUUAAUUUUCAGUGAACUUCUUCCCUCAUUCUAAAAAAUCAUACAAAAUUGCAAAAAAAGCACAUUUUGAUUAGUUUUUCACGGGGCAUAUUAAACAUAUUAAGAGAUUUUUAAACGUUGCAAUUGAGAUAUGUCUUUUCUGCUUUAGCCAUGGAUAUUAAAAGUUAAUAAUAAUACAAAUCAAAAAAUUUGUAGAUCCAAUUUAAUUUACAGAUCUUUCAAAAAACAUUCUAUGUUACUUGUGAGAGAUUUUCAAUUCACAAUGGAAAUAUCACCAAACAAAAAGUCUUAACCUUUCAUCAUGAGUAUUAUCAAAGUGUCUCUAAAAUCGUGUGCUUUGUUAACAGUAUUUUCACUUCUCAGCGGUGCUGCUUUAACUUCGCAACGGCUGAAUAGCUAAGACCCUUUUGUGGUUUCUAGCAAAAUUUGUGAUAUCAAAAGUUUACUGCUAUCUUUACAGUAACAAUGGUCAUCAAAAUAUGGAUUAGAAUUUUAAGGAUGUCCUCCAUCAAUGUGUGAGUUGCUUGCACCACAUAAUUGUGUUUAGAUGAAUUCAGCUCAUAAAUUAGAGUUAAAUACUAAGUUCCGUCCAAGUGACAUAUUUUUACAUCUAUUAUUAAUAGAAACCUAUUCUUUCUAAAAGCAUAGUUAACGGAAUGAUCCGUUGAAUGGAUCUUUUAACAUUUUGCCUCUCUAUCAGCUUAAAUUGCUGAAAUAAGAUUCUGUUACUAGUCCUUGUUUUCAAAAAGGCUGUAGGUCCAUUAGUGCUAAAUUUUGGAAUCAAGAAUUAUAACAGAUCCCGUUUCGUUUUGUUUUUUGCUCUUUCCGUGCUCCAUAAUCUGGGACUCUGCAAAGACAAUCAUGUGAAACGCAAGUGAUUCAGCGGCAGCAAAAUUUGUGAUAUCCUAUGACUAUCCUCACGAUCACAGGAGAAGCGAAUCAACAGCUCGCUUCCUCGAGUGUAGUUCGCUUUCAUUAAUUGAAUUCCACUCAUGCAUUUUGUACAUGCAAAUAGUUAUUUUUUAUGGUUUAAGCUGAGAGUGAGGAAAAAUGUUUUUUUCAUCAUGCUUAAAAGUUAGCUUCAUUGCAUUAUUGGAGUUGUGUUCCAUUUGGUGAAUUAUCGGUGCGUUUUUUAGUAAAUCUUUUGUGUAACUCAUAACACCUUCUUUAUUUGCUGUCUGUGUAACGGCGUUUCCCGCAUAGAUAAGUUAAUUUUGCGCAAAAUUUUCUCAGCUUUGACGUGGAAUUCCAGUGUGUGCUGACUUUAAUUUUGAGAAAGUCUUUAGGUAAUCUUUGGUACUUUUGGCUGUGUUUCAUACCAGCAAAGGGUCAACUGCUCAUAACACGGAAAUGAACUUCAAUGUUUGGCUCUCAAAUUUAAAAUCAUCAGAUAAAUUGUGAUGAAUGUGAAAAGCAAAGACUAUUCAAAAAUAAAGGAGAAAUAGCAAUAAUCGGAAUCUUGAUGGAAAAAGAAGAACUUUGUGCGUAGAUAGGAAAUUUUUAGGAGAGUCGUCAUUGUGAAGCUGUGUUAAAGAUUUUGAACUCAAGAAUUCAAAGGAGUGUACUCUCCAGUGAUCGAAGAAAUACUUUGGAAGGGGUGUUGUUCUUUUUUGUGCAAGUAGAGGGCAUUAAGUUGAUCUUUAAUGGAGCCAAACCCAACGCCCCAAAAAAAGGGCGAGAAGCAGGCCUUCGCGGAAGAAACCCUUUCUAACUUUCCAUUGCCUCUGUACCCUCCACUGUAAAAUAUUUCAUUCUUCCCUCACUAUUCUUAGCUGUCACGGUUAAAAUGUAUUAUCUAAUUUGAUUUUUGUGUUGUGCACAGUUGACCCUUUGUACUUGUAAAUAAUGUUUGUCCUUUUUUGUAAAUAAUAGAGAAGUAUUUAAUAGUACGCUCAUAAUAAUAGGCAAUUCCCAGAUAAAACCUAACAAGACUUUUGGGUAAUCUUCUUUCCUGAGAGGAGAGGCAAGUGCCUGAAUAAUUAUUUUUCCUAAUCGCUGUAAAUCACUUUACCAUGAUAAUCGGGUAAAAUAAGUAUUUCUUAUACUUCACAAGAUGAGAAACUAGCUUCUUAUCUUGAAAUGUUUUCCUCUUUUGUUUCAGACCCUUACAGUCUAAAAUGAGCUGUCCCCAAUUUUAAAUAAAAAUUUCAGUAAAAGAAAUUUCAAGGACUCAGAUAGCUUUGUAUCAUGCCACUUCUAAUACCCCUAUUUGGUUGGACACCAAAAAUCGCACAGUAUUCUUUUGUUGCAUAAAUAAUAUCUGAAUUGAAAAACACUUAAAAAUAUCACACUCUUGCAAAAUGUCUGUUCAUAUUUUAAUUUUGUCAGACAACUGUGAGGUGCAUUGCUGCAAAAAAGUCCCACUGAAAGUAUUAAAUGUAGGUAGACAUCUUAUAUUAAUGCAUCUAUGCAUAGCCAAAGUGCUUAACACGAAUUGGCAUUUGUGACAUUGCAGAUCUCCCAUCAUACUUUAUUUUCUCUUUGAAAAACCGGUCAAUGUAAUUUUCUAAAAACUUCCUUGAUGUUUUUUCUCUGUAAGCAGAAUAUUCUGUGUAAAUUUGAAGCUAUAAACUUGGCUCGUUUCUCCUCAAAAAAAUAGAAUAGGAGCGGAUAUUUUGAAACAUCGUAAUAGAGACACUCACUCUAACCAUUGCUAUUGAUUCUGCUAUAAUACGCGGAACAUUUUGAGAAAACAGCUUGAAAAUGAAAGGGAUCUCGGAGCAAACUGAACUCACAAUUAGUUUGUUUCAUGAGAGAGCAAAGAAAGUAUUAGUGGAUGAUCUGUAACUUUGCAAUACUACAAUGAGUUUUUUGAAAAAUAAAAAAAUAUGGAAACUUUUUGAUAUGAUCUCAAUUAUUUAGCUCACUAUCUCCGCCUCUGGAAGCACUCUCUUCCUCAGUGUUAAUAAGUUCGUAGUUUUUUACUUGAUUACUUUGCAUCAAGUACUUAACUCGCAUGUUGUUUUUACCUCUAAGACUAAAAUUAUCUCCUGUUGAUUUCAUUCUCGAUAAUUGUCGAUUGACUUGAUCGUGAGUAACUGAUAUCCAAAAAAAUUAUGAAAUUUUUUCACCUCACCAGUUGUAACUCUUUCUGUAUAUCCCUGAAAAUAGUUUCUGAGGACAUUGGAUUCUAGAGGUUUGAACCCUCAACUUUAGUUAAAAAGUGCUUUUUCAAGUGGAUGAAUGUAGGUAGAUUAGAAUCAGCUGUUAUUGACAGCAAGAAAAGCACUUCAAAGUAUGUAAUACAUCACUCUGCGAACAAUUUUCUGUGUGAUGUAAUUGGAGAAAAAGAACUGUUACAGUCUCAAAGUGGAGGCAGUUUAAAUUUAAACUUCAUAUUUUUUGUGAGAAAAAAGUUAAAAUAUUUUCAUUUAUUUUAAUUACUACAAAGCGAAUGGAUCGCUAAACUAGGUACAAUUUCAGCAUUCUAACAUGUGUUUUGUUUUAAAUUUUGAUGAAAAAACGUUUAUAAUAAUGUUUAAAUUCGCACCUUGCCGAAUGUUCCAUAUGAAGCAUUAUACAUAAGUAAGACUAACUUUUUUUUAAUGUAAUACUUCUGUCAAUAUUCUCAGUUACUUUACUGUAUUUUCCCUGUAAUUUUUGGUACUGUACAAAAUUCUCAAUUAUCCCCAAAUUCACACUCAUAAGCACAGCACCUUUCUUUUGAAUUUUUUCAAGUAUUAUAAAAAACUUUGGUGAAUAAAAGUUGUUUUCAUUACAUUAAAC